AUGCCGGGCGUUGGGGCGAUCGGAGCGCGGUGCAGGCACCGGCCGCGCAGAAGCCCCAGGAAGAGCCCCAAGGCGGAGCCGGGCCAGGCCGGGGCCGCCAUGGACGCGGCGAUUUGGAUCUACCAGUUCCGGCUGAUCGUGCUGGGCGACUCCACCGUGGGCAAGUCCUGCCUCUUGCACCGCUUCACCGAGGGCCGCUUCCCGGGGCCGCUGCACUCCGACCCCACGGUGGGGGUGGACUUCUUCUCCCGGCUGGUGGAGAUCGAGCCCGGCAAGAGGGUCAAGCUGCAGCUCUGGGACACGGCGGGGCAGGAGCGGUUCAGAUCAAUAACACGCUCUUAUUAUCGCAAUUCUGUGGGUGGCUUACUAGUGUUUGACAUCACAAAUCGACGAUCUUUUGAACAUGUGAAAGACUGGCUAGAAGAAGCAAAAAUGCAUGUGCAGCCCUUUCAGAUUGUGUUCCUGUUAGUAGGACAUAAAUGUGACUUAGUGUCACAGCGUGAGGUUACAAGAGAAGAAGCUGAAAAACUGUCAUCUGACUGUGGUAUGAAAUAUAUAGAAACUUCAGCAAAAGAUGCCACGAAUGUUGAAGAGUCCUUUACAAUUCUCACGCGAGACAUCUAUGAACUCGUUAAAAAAGGAGAAAUCUCAAUACAAGAUGGAUGGGAAGGUGUCAAGAGCGGCUUUGUUCCAAACGUUGUACAUUCGUCAGAAGAAGCUGUAAAGCCCAGAAGACAGUGCAUCUGCUGAAUUUGUAGCAUGCCAA